AUGGCUUUAGGCGAACGCUUUUGUGAUGUUGAUGAAGAGCUUCUACGAAAAUCAUCACCUUUGUUAGAUUAUAGAAAUCAACCAUUAAUGACGCUUGAAGGAACCAUCCAAAGACUUAGUAUGUCACAACAGAACUAUGACGAUAUGGUCAAAAUAGCUAAGCGAAAAGUGCUUGAUUCGAUACAUAAUCUUACGAUUGAUGAAGCAGCUGCUAUCUAUCUUUAUACGAUGAGGCAUUGGAAAAGUGGUCGAGAUUUUUCUAGUUAUUUGAAUACAGCACUUCGCGUUCGAUUAAGACACAUGAUUACCCCUUGGUUUUUAUAUCUUCAACUUCUGAUCACUGCUUUGAACAAAUUACCAUCAAUGAAGGGUACAGUUUGGCGCUAUGCUAUAGGUGAUAUUACUGAUAAGUAUCAAAAUAACUGCAUCUGGUCAGGCUUUAGCUCAUGUACAGGAACUAUGCCAGAAUUUGAACGGAAUCUCAAUAAAUAUGAUGAAUGUACUGUAUUUAAAAUUGAAUGCAUUAAUGGUAAAGUCAUUCGCAACUUUUCUAAUCGUCCUUGGGAAAACGAAGUUCUUCUAUUGCCUGAUACACGUUUACGAGUCAUUAGCAAAGGAAAGUUAAACAAUAUACUAAAAAUAGUUCAUUUGCAAGAAGAAGGGUCUCCCCAUUUGCAAUUGGCUCGACCUUUAGAUUUUAAAUUGGUGACAGAUGAAACAAAUAUUGAACCUUGUGACUUAAUGUCGACUACGCUGCGACGUGAUCGUUAUAAAACAUUUGUGCAAUCAUAUAGUAAGAGUGUUUUGCGAUUGAUUAAUCUUUUCUUGAUGAUACCUCUCAUGAGUUAA